AUGACUUUGAAACCUUCAAAGAGACGUAAGGGCAGGUCUCGCCAUUCCAGGAAGAAGCAAAUAACGUCAGCGAUACUGACUGAGGAAGGAAUAAUGAUCAAGGCAAAACCAUCAAGUCCUUACACAUACGCAAAUAGAAUGGCAGAUAAACGAAGUCGCAGCAGCAUUGACAACAUCAGUAGAACUAGCUUUCAAAGCAACAUCAGUAGAACUAGCUUUCAAAGCAACAGUGAUAACAACAGUAUAUUUGAAACGGCUUCACUAAUUAGCUGUGUUACCUGUUUAAGCGAUACUGAUACAAUAGACAGAUCGGAAACAUCGACAACGGAUACAAGUAAAGAUGAUCUUUCUGCUAAUCCAAAACUUCAUUAUCCUUCGGUGAAUGGUCAAUUGCCAGCAAACACCGUUAUCCCCUAUGGACGAAUUCUGGAUGCCAGAUACAUUGAAAAGGAACCUCUGCAUUAUUAUGAUGCCAAUUCAUCACCCAGUUCACCUUUAAGCAGCUCAAUGAGUAACAUUAGUGAAAAGUGUGAUCUUGAUGAAUUAGAGUCUUCCCAAAAAAAAGAAAGGAAGGGCAACUCGCUAUCGCGAGGAAGUAACAGUAGUAGUAGCCUCCUGACUUCCAGAUCUCCUUUUACGAAACUAGUAGAGGUUAUAUUUGCUAGGCCAAGACGGCAUGACGUUGUACCCAAAAGGGUUUCAUUGUAUAUUGACUAUAAACCCCAUUCAUCUUCUCACUUAAAAGAAGAAGAUGACUUGGUUGAGGAGAUUUUAAAGAGAAGCUACAAAAACACUAGAAGGAACAAAUCCAUAUUUGUGAUCAUUAAUCCGUUUGGUGGUAAAGGUAAGGCGAAAAAACUGUUUAUGACAAAGGCAAAGCCGUUACUAUUAGCAAGUCGGUGUUCCAUAGAAGUGGUUUAUACAAAAUACCCUGGUCAUGCUAUAGAGAUCGCGCGGGAAAUGGAUAUUGACAAAUAUGACACUAUUGCUUGCGCUUCGGGAGAUGGCAUUCCUCAUGAGGUGAUCAAUGGGUUAUACCAAAGGCCUGAUCAUGUCAAAGCAUUCAACAAUAUCGCCAUUACAGAAAUUCCAUGCGGAUCAGGUAACGCAAUGAGCGUAUCCUGCCACUGGACAAACAAUCCUUCGUACUCAACUUUAUGCUUAAUUAAAUCGAUAGAGACUAGAAUUGAUUUGAUGUGUUGUUCGCAGCCUUCUUAUGCAAGAGAGCACCCAAAGUUAUCAUUUUUAAGUCAAACAUAUGGUCUCAUUGCAGAAACUGACAUAAACACUGAAUUUAUUAGAUGGAUGGGACCUGCAAGGUUUGAAUUGGGUGUAGCCUUCAAUAUCAUACAAAAAAAAAAAUAUCCUUGUGAGAUAUAUGUAAAGUAUGCUGCCAAAUCAAAAAACGAGUUAAAAAAUCAUUACCUGGAACACAAAAAUAAAGGGUCGUUAGAAUUCCAGCAUAUUACUAUGAACAAAGAUAACGAGGAUUGUGAUAAUUACAAUUACGAAAAUGAAUACGAAACCGAAAACGAAGAUGAAGAUGAAGAUGCGGAUGCGGAUGACGAAGACUCCCACUUGAUAUCUCGUGAUCUGGCAGAUUCUAGUGCUGAUCAAAUUAAAGAGGAAGAUUUCAAAAUAAAAUAUCCAUUAGAUGAAGGUAUCCCUAGUGACUGGGAAAGAUUGGAUCCUAAUAUUUCGAACAACCUAGGUAUCUUCUAUACGGGUAAAAUGCCAUAUGUGGCUGCUGACACUAAAUUCUUUCCGGCAGCGCUUCCUUCAGAUGGUACAAUGGAUAUGGUUAUCACCGAUGCAAGAACCUCGUUGACGAGGAUGGCACCAAUCCUGCUGGGACUAGAUAAGGGUUCCCAUGUUUUACAACCGGAAGUCUUACACUCUAAAAUUUUGGCAUACAAGAUAAUACCAAAGCUAGGGAACGGCUUGUUCUCUGUCGAUGGCGAGAAAUUUCCUCUAGAGCCCCUUCAAGUCGAAAUUAUGCCACGCUUAUGCAAGACGUUACUGAGAAAUGGCCGUUAUGUGGACACAGAUUUCGAUUCUAUGUGA